AUGAGCACACAUGAGCAUGGUGCCCAGUCCGGCAGCAAGGCUCUAGGUCCAACGCCGCUAUUGAGCGGUGCAGCUAACCAAGCUAAGCAGCUGAAGUCGCGCUUCAACUCGUGGGAAAGGUUUUGUGAAGCACAUCCACAGGCGCGCGUCGCCAUCGCCGUUCAGUCAGGCUACUCCCACGAGAUCAAGUUCUUUUGCCAUUCCAUCGUGUUCUGGGAGGAGUUCAAGGACUUCUUCACUGAGCGGUGCGCCGCCGCCGGCAGCCGCUCCGAGCGGUCGCGGCUGAAGGGCGAGCUGGGCAAAGCAGGCAUUGAUUUCAGCAAGUUUCUGGCUUUGGCAAUAGACCUGUGGAAGGCAGAAGGUGUUAUCUCUCAGUUACAGGCAGAUGUCAUGAUCAAGCUGGCAACGGGCACUGCAUUCGACACGGAUGUCGGCACACAGCUGAUCUGGAGAGGGUGCACGGUGAUAUUGGGGCGCCCAUGCGUCUUGCACUCCCAUACCGGCAACGGAGCUUGUUGUCCUGGUCUACUUGCACGGGAUCUUUUUGGCUGUGGCCCGUCUAGAGGCCUGGGGGCCGUGGUCUUGCUAACCACCUUCACCCUAAAGUGGUGGCUCAUGUCCUAGAAAGCAUAUUACGGUUGCUGGGAUGCCAACAGAACAAAC